ACGCAAUUGCGCACCGCCCCCCUCUUCACUCCCAAUCUCUUCUAUUCCUCUCUCUCUCUCUCUCUCCCUUUGCCCACAUAGUAUCGUGUUCAUAGGUCAAUUUCUCGCCAGAAGAUUCGCCGAUGGAAGACGCAGACACCCUGGCGGAGGAUUCUCCGCCCGUGGCGAAGCCACCCGACACCCCAGCAACCAAGCGACGCCGGCAAGCUGCCGAACCCACGGUCUCGGCGGAGCUUCCCCUUGCCAGAACUCGACGCCGCGUCGGGGCUAGGGUUUCCACCGACACCGAGAAGCGAUCGAUGGUCGCAGCCCCACUUCCUGAAACGGUGGGAGGAGGAGGAGGAGGAGGAGGAGCUGGGAGGGGCUCGUUUCGAGCUGGGGAUCUGGUUUGGGCCAAGUUCAAGAUCCGCGCUUGGUGGCCAGGGAAGGUCCUCGAUGCGACUUUGCACGCCGGCGAGGUCAAGAGACAUGGCGGGGGUCGGUCCGUCCUCGUUGCUCCCUUUGGCGAUGCCGCCGUUGCUUGGUUCGAACCGUCUCAGCUGAAGCCGUUUGAGGAACAAUUCCGGCAGAUGAUGGAGCAGAGUAGUUCCACUAGCUUUGUGUAUGCUGUCAAGGAUGCCUUGGUCGAGACGGAGAAGCAGUUAGGGUCGGAGAUGUCUUGCUACUGUUCGCCGGAUUCGAAUUCUGAGGUCGCGCAAGGGGUUGGCAAACGCUCAGUCGCUAAGUAUUCGCCUGCCCAGUUCCAUGAGCGACUACUCGAUGCUGCUCGCGAUGUUUUGGGUACUGAUAUGCUUGAGGUUGUGUUGCUGCGGUGCUGGGCAUUGACUCUUCGACGCGUGACACAGUGUCCAGCCGACCUUCUGGAGAAGGAUUAUCCGGAUGAUCCGCUGCAUGGUCCGGCUUCUGACGACACUGAAGUGGAAUCCGAAGUCGGAUUUAACAGGGCAGGGAGAGGGCCAGGGACUUCAGAGGUCUCACAGCAGAAGAAGGAGAGAAGUAUUGCUGAACUCAUUGCAGAUAAAGGUUCCGAAAUAGCAGAACCUCAUCGUAGUAUGGUGAAAGCCGCUAGCUUUCAUGAGUUGAGUCCGUCGUCAUCAUCAGAUUCCCAAGAGCAAAAGAAGAAGGGUGAGAAAAGCAAAAGCUCUGAGGUUGGAAAUGGUGUACUUAGGGUUCAAGAGGAGAAAGCUAUCUUCAUGGACAAACCUGAUCCCUCAUUGUCAACUGAUAAACAAGCAAGCAAGGGUGAGAAAAACCAGAGCUCUGGUGUGAAGAAUGAUGGUGUUGUAGCUGAACAAGAGACAAGGUCCAGUGGACGGGAACGCAAAAGAAGCAAGUACCUAUCACCUCCCUACACUUAUAUAAGUGCAUAUCAUAAGCGCCCAGUUUCAUUCAACUAUGAGCCAACAGAAAGUCUGAACAGAGGUGCUGAAGUUUCUCAAUCAUCCUUUACUGGAUCCCCUCAAAAUAUAGUGAACAUUAAUCAGGUUUCGAAAAAGGAAGCUGGUAAGACUGAUUCUGCAUCUAAUCAUGAUAUGGGUUCCACUAGUGGCAUCCUAUCAGUGUUCCUCUCAGCAGCUAUGGACCCUUUGUCAAGGAAAUGGAACCAAUCGGCCAGUGUUGUCAGGGACUUCUUAGAAAAGUUUAGAAGCUUUGUUUACUCAGAUGGUUCUGACUUCCAUAGUGACCAAAAGUUCCUCGAUGAUUUGGGUAGCAAUGGUGAACGGUCUACGGAGGCCUACAUGAAUAAUAGUUCAGGAAUUGAUGAUACUGAUGCGAAGAAGAAUAAGAGAAUGAAUUUGGUUGGUGAUAAGACUCCAAACGGCCAUAUUCCAACUGAAUCAGGAAAAGUUCAAAAGAGAAGGAAGAUAAAGCAUGGUGAUGGUGAAGCUGGUACUGAAAUCUCAAUGGCCACAGAAAAUAGUAGUGCAAAUGGCACAAAACUAGUUAACUAUGCCCAGGAAAGGAAAAUGAGCAAAGGAAAUAGUGUUAGUGCUAAAAUUAAAUUUGAUUUGCAUCAUGAACUCAGAGGUAAUGCGGAAGGAAGUAAAUCGAGGAAGAGAACAAACAAGGGCAAUGAUACAUCUGAUGCUGAAACUCGAUUAGAUACUGGUGCUGGAUUUGCUGGUCAAGCUGAACCUAAUAAAUUGGGCAGGAGGACCAAGGGUAAUGGUGGCAGUAAACCUGAAUCAGCUUCAGAGAUGGAACACAAACCCACAAGUUCUUCUGAAGAAGAUAGAUCAAAGAAAAAGAAAGAGGAAACUAACUAUGAAACUCCUGCUUAUCUGCUGCUGAAAUUUGCCCCUGGAACUGCUUUGCCAUCUAAAGGUGAUAUUAUCUCAAGAUUCAGUAUAUAUGGGCCUUUAGACAAGUCUGAUACAGAAAUUUUGCAAGGUUCUCAUUGCAUUCGUGUUGCGUUUAAGAGAGGCAUGGAUGCAGAGAAGGCCUUAAAAAAUUUAGAUGGUAGUGGAUCCUUGGAAUCUGCGGUCACAAAACAGGAGCUACAUUACUUUUCAGGAAAUAUAAGCUCUCAAUUGCGAACAUCCACCGUUCUGAAAACUCCCCUUCCAUACAUAAGGAAGAGCCUUGAGAGGAUGAUUUCUAAGCUUACUGAAUUCGUGGAAGCUGAGAAAGAUGUAGGAUCUUCCAACAUGUUGAGGCCAGAGAUAACAGAUAAUCUAGUGGAUGAGAUGGAUGGCCUUCUGAAGAAGGUUGAUAAGCUUCUUACUGGACCUUCUGUUAGUACUUAAUUUUAGUUUACAUAAUCAUACGUCUCCUCAUCCUCUACUCUACGGUUUUUAUAAUUAUGACACUGUAGACUGGUUUGAGAGCACAUAGACUGUCUAUGUUGGCUUACAACAUUCACUACAUAUAUUGAUGUAAUUAUGGGAGCUUCCUUUUGGUAUUUUCA